CCGCUGCGCUCACUCCUCCUGUUGCAAAUCGCAGCCUUCCUUUCUUCUCCUCCUGCUCUGGAUGGACGGAGCACGCGCCCUCCUCGUGGCCCUCCGGCCAAUGGCGAGGGCCGGCUGGAAGGCGGGGGCCAAUGGGAGCAUGGCCAGUGCCACACCCCUCCUGGGGCAGCCAAUGGGGAGGCGGGGGCUCCUGUUUAGGAAGGCUCCUUCUGCCCCAUUGUCCCAUCACCAGCUCCGAGGGAAGCCCUCCGCUGCUGCAGCCAUGGAGGGACCAGCCAAGAUGAAGGAGGUGGCCAACUUCGGGGCAGGACCAGCCAAGCUCCCCCGGGCGGUAUUGAUAGAAGCCCAGAAAGAACUGCUGGAUUAUAAAGGCCUUGGCAUUAGUGUUCUUGAAAUGAGCCACAGAAGUUCUGACUUCUCAAAAAUCAACAAAGCAGCUGAAAAUUGCUUGCGGGAAAUUCUCAAAAUACCAGACAAUUACAAAGUUGUAUUUCUCCAAGGAGGUGGCUCUGGACAAUUUAGUGGCAUUCCACUAAACCUUAUUGGGUUAAAAGAAGCAAGGUGUGCUGAUUAUGUGGUCACAGGAGCAUGGUCAGCAAAAGCAGCCAAAGAAGCAGAGAAAUAUGCCAAAGUCAACCUUGUUCAUCCUAAACUCUCUACUUAUACAAAAAUCCCUGACCCGAGCACUUGGAACCUUAACCCAGAUGCCUCUUAUGUCUAUUAUUGUGCAAAUGAGACAGUCCAUGGUGUGGAGUUUGACUUUGUACCCGACGUUGGGAAGGCAGUCUUAGUUUGUGAUAUGUCUUCCAACUUCCUCUCUAGACCAGUGGAUGUUUCAAAGUUUGGUGUAAUUUUUGCUGGUGCUCAGAAGAACAUAGGUACUGCAGGUGUCACGGUGGUAAUUGUGCGUGAAGAUUUAAUUGGCUUUGCGCUGAAGGAAUGUCCUAUAGUGUUGGACUACAAAGUGCAAGUGGAGAACUCCUCAUUAUACAACACUCCUCCGUGCUACAGCAUCUACAUCAUGGGCUUGGUCCUGGAGUGGAUUAAAAACAAUGGUGGAACUGCCGCUAUGGAUAAACUCAGCCAAAAGAAAUCACGAAUGAUUUAUGACAUUAUUGACAGAUCCAAUGACUUCUAUGUAUGCCCUGUUGAAAGAAAGAACAGAAGCAGAAUGAACGUUCCCUUUCGGAUCGGUAGUAUCAAAGGUGAUGAAGCCCUUGAAAAGAAAUUCCUUGAUAAAGCUGUAGAAAACAACAUGAUAUCCCUGAAAGGGCAUAGAUCUGUGGGAGGAAUCCGUGCCUCUUUGUAUAAUGCUGUCACUAUAGAAGAUGUUGAAAAGUUAGCAACAUUCAUGAAAAGCUUCAUGGAGAUGUACCGGUCAUGAACUGAAGAAACAAAAUGUUGUGUUGCAGCCCUGUGACAUAAAACUAUUAAGAAUUGGAAGAUUGUAAAAAAGAUUUAUUAGAAAAAUUUUAACAGAGAAGCAAUUUUUGAGACUAAACAUUCCAGCAUCCAGCUGGAGGGAUCUACUGUCAAGUAUGCUUUGCUGAACUCAAUCUGUAUGAACAUUUUGAAAAAGGAAGUCUCUCUUACUCACUUGGCUAUGGUGCCAUUUUUCUUCCUAAACUGUUAAGGACACAUUUAAUUAUUCUGAAGUGCAGGUUGUUUUAAUGUAUUAGAAAAUAUCCUUUUGGCAGGCUUACAUUUAUAUACCAAGGGAAAAAAUAAUUUUCCUUCCCAGUCCUCUCUUCCUUUGAAGUCAACUUUGCCUUCAUUCCUCCCUAAGGCUGUCUCUGCUGUACAAUUUUGGUUGUUUAUAUUUUCACUCAGAGCCCAUUUUCUAUAUUUUAUGCUUAAAGGGGGGGCUUUCCAUGUUCUUCACCUACAGAUUGGUUUCAUACAUGAGCCCAACAUCUAUAGUAUGCAGUGGUCACAGCGAACAAGCUUCAUCACUUGUUACGAUCUUUCUGCAUCUUAAUUACAUUCUCUAGUAUAACUCCAUUCCUCUCAAAAAUAAAGCUUAGCCAAAACCUCUCAAAACUCAACGCACAAUAUAUGCACUACAUUUUUCAAAAGUUAUGUUAAAACUGCUAUGUGCCAUAAAAAAAUGAUCAAGAGACUAAAUUUCUACCAGUCAUUUACCGUCUCCUUAGAACUGGAGUUUAUCAGAUUGGAAACACAAUUCUAAUUUCCUGUCCAUUUUAACUGCAUACAAUAUUGAGCAUAGUAUGUAAGCUUAAACAAUAUGAACAGUGCCCCUCUUUAUUCUUGGUAUAAAUGUGUGAAGGUGGUGAACAUGUGCCACUACAAAAGGAAUAGUUUUAUUGCUUAGUUUAAAAUAGCCAAGUUUUAUUUUCUUCUUGUGUUACACUAUGAGCUGAAAAAUAAUAAAAGGCUUCUGUACUA